AUGUCUUUCCGAAAACAUGAAUCUGGUGCUUCAAAACGAAGAGCCCUGAAAAUUAGAAAUGAGUACGAAGCCAAAAUUCCUAAAUUGUCAAAUUUCUUUCGACCAAUUGAAAAUCCUGCAUUUGAGCAAAAAAUGAAAAACACCGUCAGCGAAAUUGAUACAAACACUGAUAAAAAAAUAUUGACGGAGUUGGAAAUAAAUAAUGAUCCUGCAUUGUGGCCGUCAAUGAGUGAAACCGUCCGAGAAAAAUCUUCCUUACGAGAUUAUAAAAACCAAAAAAGGUAUUUUUCUUGUAAUUUUUUUAUACGAACUUUGGUGAAUGGAGAGAAACACGAACGAUUAUGGUUGAUGUACUCUGAAUCAACAGGGAACGUAUUUUGUUUUGUCUGUAUGUUAUUCAAUAGUAAUAGUUCAAUGAAUCCUUUUGUAAAAAAUGGAUUUUCAAAUUGGAAGAAGGGCGAUGAAAGAAUUAGUGGUCAUGAAAACAGUUCUGUACACCAGGUAUGCACGAUGAAAUGGCUUCAUCGUUUGAAUAAUAAAACAAAUAUUAAUAAACAGUUAACGAAACAAUUAGAAGUAGAAGAAAAUUAUUGGAUCGAUAUUUUAAAACGCGUUGUUGAAGCUAUUCGUUUUCUUUCGACACGAGGUCUUGCAUUUCGAGGUAGUCAUGAAGUGAUUGGAGUUACGGAUAAUGGUAAUUAUUUAGGAAUACUUGAGUUGAUUGCUAAAUUUGAUCCUGUAUUGAAAGCACACAUAGAAAAUUAUGGUAACAAAGGCAGGGGCAGUGUGUCUUACAUAUCAAAAACUAUCUGUGAGGAACUUAUUGGUAUCAUGUCUUUAAAAGUGUUUGAUCACAUUGUCGAUGAAAUUAUUAAAUCUAAGUAUUUUGGUAUUGUCGUUGAUUCAACUCCAGAUCUUGCCCAUAUUGAUCAGCUGUCGAUAAUCAUACGUUAUUGUUUGAAUGGUAUGGUACAUGAAAGAUUUCUUGGCUUUGUUUCUUUUCAUAGCCAUACUGGCGAAGCUCUAGCUACGACUGUCUUAGAAUUUCUCAAACGAAGUGGUAUCGAUAUUGCCAACUGUCGUGCGAAAACGUAUGAUAAUGCUGCCAAAAUGUCUGGAAGAUAUCAUGGACUACAGGCUUAA